AGUGGCUUCUGCGGUCACAUGGGUUAUGUGCUGGAGUUUAAAAGAGCUUAUAGCCCCCGAGCCGGUGCAGAAGCAGCCGGUGGUUGCAUGGGGUAGCGCCGGGAGCGGCGGCAAGGAAGGCGCCGAAGCCAUCUCAGCACCUUUCCCCUGUGAAGACCCGGGAGUGCACAGCGUCCUUCUGCGGGGACCUCCCCACCGCCAGCUCUAGCCUCCGCUCGCCUCUGCUUCCCUGCAAGCGUGAAGCCUCCAUCCUCUCCGGCUAUCGUGGCAGCCCUUCUGCUUUCCUGAGUAAAAUCCCAGAUCUGAGAAGUGAGGGUUGGACGAGCAGCCCGGAGAAUCGCCCAGACGUUUAUGAGAAGUUGGGGACACCCCAAGGACUCUGGACGGGUGGAGAAGUAAGAGAUGGCUAACCCUGUGCCGUCAGCGUGCUGCGUGGUGCUCGCCGCGGUGGUGGUGGUGUACGCCCAGAGGCACAGCCAGCUGGAGAGCCACACCCAGUACGAGCGGGUAGGUGCAGACGUGACCAUGAAGUGUGGCUCCAUGGAAUGGGACGCAGCCGUGACCUGGACAGCCAACGGCACCGACAUCGACGAGUCCCACCUGAACGGCUCCUACCUGGUCCUCAAGAACGUGGACCUGUCCCAGAGCGGCCAGUACUCCUGCUACGAGGGCUCCUCCUGGCACCUCAAAUACCAGACCAACCUGAGGGUGGGAAUGCCCCCGAAGGAGCCAGUGCUGAUGUGCCGGUCCAACAACUACCCAAAGGGUUUCUACUGCAGCUGGCACCUGCCCACUCCCACCUACAUACCCAACUCCUUCAACAUCUCUGUCAUACACGGCACAAAGGACAUGGUGUGUGAGAAGGAUGCCGUUCCCAAAAACAGGUGUCACAUCAGAUACCUCCAGCUCUUCUCGACAGUGAAGUACAAGGUGACGCUGACAGUCACGAAUCCUCUGGGCAAAAACUUCACCACGCUCACCUUUGACGAGUUCGCCAUAGUAAAACCAGACCCUCCGGAGAGUGUGGUGGCCAAACCUGUGCCCAAUAACCCUCGAAGACUGGAGGUGUCAUGGCAAAACCCCUCAUCAUGGCCUGACCCUGAGUCCUUCCCACUGAAGUUCUUCCUGCGGUACCGGCCCCUCAUCCUGGACCAGUGGCAACACGUCGAGCUGUCGGACGGGACAUCACACACCAUCACGGAUGCUUACGCUGGCAAGGAAUACAUCAUCCAGGUGGCAGCCAAAGACAACGACAUCGGCACGUGGAGUGACUGGAGCGUGGCUGUUCAUGCCACCCCCUGGACAGAGGAGCCCAAGCAUCUCACCACGGAGGCCCAGAUCACAGAGACAACAAGCGCUAGCACCUCCUCUUUCAUGGCACCACCCACAACCAAGAUCUGUGACAAGGGGGCCGUGGUGGGCAGCGGGGCCAUGGCAGUGUGUUGGACAGCUGGACUGGUCGUGGCUGCCUAUAGUGUCCUCUUUAUUUAG